GUCUGUGUUUUGACGGCUCAACCGAUUGUCGGCUCAUUGUUGUCAUCAAAGAGUAUCCGCCGAUCCGGUCGUUACACCCGCGCGGAGGCCAUCGCCUGAUCGACACGACUGUACGGCGCGUAUUGUAUUGGCGGCGAAGUAUCCGCUGAAAGGAGUGAUUUGAUUGGACCGCACGAUGGGAUCCAUUCGCAAGAAACUGGUGAUUGUGGGCGACGGCGCCUGCGGUAAGACCUGCCUUCUGAUCGUCUUCAGCAAAGACCAGUUCCCCGAAGUGUACGUCCCGACAGUCUUCGAGAACUAUGUCGCCGACAUUGAGGUCGACAGCAAACAGGUGGAGUUAGCCCUUUGGGAUACCGCCGGACAAGAGGACUACGACCGACUGCGUCCGCUCUCAUACCCGGACACCGAUGUAAUACUGAUGUGCUUUAGUAUCGAUAGUCCGGACUCUUUGGAGAACAUAAUGGAGAAGUGGACGCCAGAAGUGAAGCACUUCUGUCCGAAUGUACCGAUCGUUUUGGUCGGCAAUAAGAAGGACUUACGGAACGACAACAACACGAUCCGAGAGUUGGGCAAAAUGAAACAGGAGCCGGUCAGGAGUGAGCAAGGUCGACUCAUGGCCGAGAAGAUCAACGCUUUCGGUUAUCUCGAGUGUUCGGCCAAAACCAAAGAGGGAGUGCGCGAAGUGUUCGAAAUGGCGACCAGAGCUGCCCUCCAGGUCAAGAAGAAGAAGAAAAAGCCCUGUCUUAUCGUUUAGGCUAUAAUUCAUAUUUAAUUAUAUAUUCUAUUGAAUUAACUUUAAAGAUAAUUACUCUCUCCCUCUCUCUCCUACUCUCUAUCUCUCUCUCUGUCUAUCCUCUCGUACUCUUCCGAUAAGUCUAUACCUUUCGAUACCUUCAAUACCUUCUACUCAUUAUAAUUAUUUUAAUUUUUGGACUUAAUUUCGUUUUAUUAUAUGAUUAUUAUUAUUAUAUUGUUUUUCUCCUCAAUUUGUUUUGUGUUAAUGACUCCAAAAGCCUAUAAACAGGAAUAUGUUUCACACCAAAUGUUUUGAUUUUUAUGAUUGAUUUUAACCAGACUUUAUGUAAAUGACUUGUUUGUUGUGUAAAGUCUUUGAAAUACAUUAUAAGAUAAGCUACAAAUUGGACACAAUUUUUUGACUUGAAAACCAAAUCAAACAUUAUUUACAUUAUUAUUAUAAAAAUUAUAUUAAAAGUUGUCCUCCAAUACCGAACUAAAGACACACAAAAAAAUAUUUGAUAACAAAUUGUGAGCUUUUAUUACCAUUUAAACGAAGCGAUUAUUAUUAUAAAAAUGCAAAUAAAAGCAAAUUGUUUUUGCUUUAUAAAAAAGACGUUUUAAAAAAGUUUUUGGUUUUUAGCUAUAGUUUAAUACGAAUAGUCCCUAACAUUUGAUGAAUCAAUUAAAAAACAAUAUUUGUUAUCAGAUUUGUAUGUAAAACAAGAGGAAAGAAAACAUAAUUUUCAAAACAGAAAUUAUAUUGAAAUUGUAUGCACUUAUGAUAAUCGUUGGAUUAUUGGAUCGCAUUUUAUAAUAAAAUUAUCAAACAAUUUGACCACAA